UUGAGAGCUCUUCAAAUAGAAGGAAAUUGUCAAUGACGCUUUGUUUCGUUUUGACAUGGUAGUAAAAUGUAAACAUGUACAUAUUUGAUAGUUAGCAGGUCUUUGUUGCGUUCUGCAGACCAGUUGAUACAUUAAAGUAUGCAAAUAUCGCAAAAUACGCACGAAAGUCGUUUCAACAAGAUUUAAAACUUGAAAGAAAAAAACAUGGUUGAGGAAGAAGGGAAGUCGAAAAAUCUGUUUGAGCAGAUGAAUGUCGGCAUUCUCAAGUAUUUGGAAAAGAAGACCGGUGUUUGCAAACUGGAGUUAGAGCCUCGGAAACCAUCAGACAGAUCAGCACUGUUGGCAUGGGAACAGAAAAAUACAGUUUUCCUACCAGAAGAUUUAAAAAACUUUUACAUGACAUCAGAUGGGUUUUUGCUGACAUGGAGUGUGAAGAUAGACAAUGGCCCUAUACCAGUGGGGAGAAUGCAUCUGAACUCGAUGGCAAAGCUCCUCAAGGUUGGAGGGGAGGUCAACAAGACCCUGGUCAAUCCAAGCCUCUCUGACCUAGAUAUGGACUCUGAUUGUGAAGACGAGACUUCAGGCACAGAGAGGCCUUCGUGGGAUACACGGUGCCGAAUAUUUGAACUGGAUCCCUGUGAUGGAUAUGGAAAAGUCUGUCUGGUAUAUAAAGAAAACAAGACAGUUCCAGAAUUUAAGGAAUCAGCUGAAAUUGUUGAAAAAGUGUACACAUCUGAUUUUAUGAAUUUCGGCGGAGCAGACCCUAAAAUAGAGAUCUGGUUUUUGGACAGAGCCCUUCGCUGGCAUUAUAUCACGGAAUCGUUCACAUCAUACUAUCGCCUUAUGAUCAUGCACCUGGGCCUACCACAAUGGCAAUAUGCAUUCACAGACAUAGGCCUUUGUCAGCAAGCUAAGCAAUGGUUCACCAUGUAUGCUCCGCUGCGACUGGAGUUGGAUGCAGAACUGAGUGUCACUGGUGAUCACCCUAUUGAUUCUAUCUCAUCCACUACUCAGAUAGAUGUGGGGAAAGUUUUUAAAGGAAAGUCCGAUAAAAAGAAGCCUGUACCUGCACAGACACAGUCACAACCAACUGGGCUACGGAAAAAAGGCGCAAUUACUUCAGCAAAAGGAGGAACUCAGACAGGGCUGAAACCAAGCGGAUCAUUUUCUCAGCUCUCUGGCAAGAAGUAGGGCAUGCAUAGGACAACAAAAUAUGCGAUACAUUUGAUUGCCUUACGCCUUUACAUCCUACCAGAUGUACAGUGUGGGCUUUUGUGUUGAGAUUGUUUGGUGUUCAGAAACAUCACAUGAAGCAAAACAAUGUUGUUUUGCCAUAAAUUUGGCGAUGAAACGAUGAUCAAAGUUAAAUUGGUGUAUUAACUUUUUAAAGUAUAUUGGUAUGAUUGUUUGCACAGAUUGCAACAAAUGAAAUAAAUUUAUUAAUAAUUGUG